AUGUCAACUCCAUCCCUCGUUGUUGGCCCGACACUUACGUUACGAUUGUGGUCAUUCUAUAGAGCCGAGCAGCAAAAGCGGCUGGACAGGGCCUUCCAUGAAACGUUCCGCGGACGCUUCGAUGAAUUGUUUGAGAAGUCCUUGGGUGUUUACGCGGGAAUAUACGAUAAAAGUAUAUAUUACGGUCGCAUGAUACCCUUCGUUCAAGCUAGCGGAACAGGUAAGACUCGUUUGGCGUGGCAGCUUGGGCUUCGAAUGCCUGCGUUCUGUGUUUGUUUCCGAGAGGGCGAACUACCAACUUCAGGAUGGCCUCCUCGUGACGUCAGCCGAGAGUUCUUCGAUGGGCUCGAUGGGCCGUUCACCUUCCUGGCGGAGGAGAAGGCGGCUGCCUUUCUCGGUGCGCUCGUGGAGGUUUUGCACCACACAGCACCUGCCGUGCACCACACAGCACCUGCCGAUCUGGAGGCCUGGGUCAAAGCCUGGUCUAUCGAGGAUCCAACCGAUCUUGAGAGAUCAAGUCGCCACGGUCACUUUGAGGAGGUGAAAAAACUUACUAGAGAGCGGCUGACUAAGUACAAGGAGGAAUUGUUUGCCUUGAGAUUGAAGCACCACAUCACUGCUGCAGCGGAAGCUGAUAACAACACCAGAGGUGGAAAAUCCGGAACCAGCGUCACCGGCUGGCACGUGGCUUUGUUCACAAGGCUCGCGAAGCCGGCUUUCGAUCUACUCGCGGAAUCGGUGCACCGUCUAAAACAAAAGAGAUUCCUUCUGAGUCUCGACGAGUGUACAGAACUGAACGAUCCCGGCCUACUUGUCGGUCCGAAAGGUCCUCAGCGAGAGAUGUCACUCAUUGCUCUCCAGCGUAUCAUCAAGGCCGCAGACGAAUGCACUUUCCCGCACGAUAUCGAAUUUUGGUAUAUGCUCUUGGACACGAAUUCCUCCGUGUAUGAACUCGCUUCUUCCGGGCCAGAUGCGUCCUCGUUUCGCUUAGCGAGUGCACUUAAACCCUUGCCUGUGUGGUGUUACGUCGAUUUCGACCAAAUGCAUGACGAGUUUACAAACGCGGAGGACGCUCUUCUGAUCUCCUUCCUUGCAGCAUUGGGCCGGCCUUAUUGGUAUACCCUUCGCUACUCUCCAGACCUUGUGCGUGCUGCAAUUAAGAAGCUAAUCUAUAACGACAAAUUCGAUCCAACAAACCGUGAACAUGUGUUCGCCGUCUUCGCAAACAGGAUCGUGCUGGAACUGAAUCAUACGAUGGAGUCCAGCCGCAUCGCUAUAAACGCUGUACGCAGUCACAUGCGCCUCCUGAUCGGUGUCCAUGAUACGUUCAUCACCACCGCCGCGCCUUCGGAACCUAUGCUUGCCGUCGCUGCUGCAGAAGUCCUGAACUUGAACCCGCAGACCUACGCCAGGGCGUUGGACACGCUGAUGCGACGACUCAUCAUGGACGGGGUCGUGACUGAUCGAGGGCGACAAGGUGAAUUAUGCACCAGGCUCUUACUCACCCUCGCGCGCGACAAGGCGACGCUUCCGAAGGGAGGAAAGUUUGUGGAUUCCACUCGGCGCGCUGUCCGCCCGUUGAGACUGUCAGACUUUCUGAAGACCUUGCUUGGCGACGACCUCGGCGUCAAGCAUCAGGAAACGACUGCCAACCCUAAGGAUUUUGUCAAAGACGCAGACAAGCUCUGGAUCAACUUUACUCACUGGGUCCAAACCUCCGAAGAGCUCAGCGUCAUUACUCGCAAGUGGCUUGCUGAGCUGUGGAAGCGGGGUGCCGGCGUACAGUGCACCCAUAUUCAGGCGUUGUUCGAUUCGCUGUUCGUAACAUACAGCGGAGACCUCAACGAGCCUUUCGACGAGAGUUUGCUCGGAUAUGUCAUCGUUCAGAUCAAAGCGAAAACGAAAGCAUCUGCAUAUAGCCUAGUUGCUGGACUGGCAGGCCCUAUCAUUGAACGCACUGACAAAUCAGGCGCGGUUGUGCGAUAUAAACCCGAGAACUACGUCGCACUUUUUAUGGACUUCGCUACCGAGAGCGCAUUCGGACACGCUGGCGGGCCUCGCGUUGCUCUCGAAAUUGGGCAACCUGCGAAACAGACGCACGGCGGCUGGAUAGGAUAUCUGGAAAAAGACAAGGAGCCGAAGCGAUACUGCCUAAACAUUCGGGGGCACGACAACAAGGAGCCGAAGCGAUACUGCCUAAACAUUCGGGGGCACGACAGUUCGGUUUACACCGUGAUCACCCCGGAAUUCAAGGCGCAGUUUGAUCUGCUAUUCGCACACUCGAUUGACACGCGUGGGCCCUUUGAGGAGGCCAAGGACGCCAUGGACUCGGCUAUAAAUCCUAUAUCGUCGAUUCUGCGCAACGACCCUGCAUCGUUGAAGGCCGAGAAGAAAGCGGCGAAGGCAGCGGAGAAGGCGAAAGAGAAAGAGGAGGAGGUGGAGGAGGAGGAGGUGGAGGAGGAGGAGGCGGGAGGAUCGAGCAGUAAGUGA